AGUCAAACAAAAGGAAUCAAUCAAAGAAGAGAAUCCCAUGAUGAGGAAGUUCAAAAAUGAACAAACCUUGUCCGAGGAAGCCUCUGGAUCUAACAACUUUACUAAAAUGCUUCACUAUAGAUCUAAUCCAAGCUGAUUGGAGAUUGGUCGUUCAGAAACUCCGAUCUCAAUACCAGCCGGAGCUCCCUCCCUGCCUCCAGGGAACCACGGUUAGAGUUGAAUUGGGUGAUGCAACUACAGCUCUAGACCCUGCUGAUGCUCACACCAUUAAUCGAGCUUUCCCCCUCACUUAUGGCCAGCCUUUGGCUCAUUUUCUCAGGGCUACUGCACAAGUCCCUGAUGCUCAGAUUAUAACUGAACAUCCAACUAUUAGGGUUGGACUUGUGUUUUGUGGGAGACAAUCCCCUUCUGGGCAUAAUGUCAUAUGGGGCCUCCAUGAUGCUCUCAAAAUCCACAACUCAAAGAGCACUUUGCUGGGAUUUCUUGGUGGUUCUGAAGGCUUGUUUGCACAGAAAACUCUUGAGAUAACAGAUGACGUUCUUUCUACAUACAAAAAUCAAGGUGGUUAUGAUUUGCUGGGAAGAACGAAAGAUCAAAUUAGAACAAUGGAGCAAGUUAAUGCUGCACUAACUGCAUGCAAAGAUUUGAAAUUGGAUGGUCUUAUCAUUGUUGGAGGGGUCACAUCAAACACAGAUGCUGCUCAGCUUGCUGAAACGUUUGCUGCAGCAAAUUGUGCAACAAAAGUGGUUGGUGUUCCUGUGACAUUAAAUGGAGACCUUAAGAAUCAAUUUGUUGAAACUGAUGUCGGUUUUGAUACAAUAUGCAAGGUCAAUUCCCAGCUCAUCAGCAAUGUGUGCACAGAUGCUCUCUCUGCUGAGAAGUAUUAUUAUUUUAUCCGCCUUAUGGGUCGGAAGGCAUCCCAUGUAGCUCUUGAAUGCACUCUCCAGUCACAUCCAAAUAUGGUAAUUCUUGGAGAGGAGGUGGCUGCAUCAAAGCUUACUCUUUUUGACCUGACAAAGCAAAUUUGUGAUGCAGUGCAAGCCAGAGCCGAGCAAGACAAGAACCAUGGGGUCAUCCUCCUGCCAGAAGGGCUUAUAGAAAGCAUUCCUGAAGUGUAUGCUCUCUUAAAGGAAAUUCAUAGUUUGCUCAGACAAGGUGUCCUCACAGACAGCAUUUCCUCUCAGCUUUCACCUUGGGCAUCUGCUUUGUUUAACUUUUUGCCAGACUUUAUUAGGAAACAGCUCCUUCUUGAUCCUGAAUCAGAUGAUUCUGCACAGCUGUCCCAGAUUGAGACAGAGAAACUUCUUGCACACCUUGUGGAGACUGAAAUCAACAAGCGCCAGAAACAGGGCAAGUACAAGGGCAAAAAAUUCAAUGCCGUCUGCCACUUUUUUGGUUAUCAAGCUCGUGGAUCCUUACCAUCAAAAUUUGACUGCGACUAUGCCUACGUUCUUGGACACAUCUGCUAUCAUAUUCUUGCAGCGGGUUUGAAUGGUUACAUGGCAACUGUAACUAACUUGAAGAACCCUGUGAACAAAUGGCGUUGUGGUGCUGCACCUAUUACGGUUGGGUUUUGAAUAUGGCCACUUCAUUUUAUAUCAUAUAUGAUUUUUUUUUUCUUCUAGCUCUUUGUACCUUUCAUGAAUCCCUUCUCUUCCCUGACCCAGUUUUCCCUUUUGGAGCAUUUGUUUUAUGGAUUCAGCAGGCAAUACGGUUUCUUGUUUCCUUUGGCAUGCUUUCUGAUAUGGUUUCUCAGUUUCUUUGGCUUGCUUUCUGAUGUGCUUUUUUUUUGUCCAACACUAUCUGUUAUGCUUACAUCUUUGAUUGUAACCUUAGGCAAUGAUGACUGUGAAGCGUUGGUCUCAAAAUCCUAAUGCCACCACCUCAAUUGGAAUGCCUGCUAUUCAUCCAGCUGCAGUGGAUUUGAAAGGCAAAGCAUAUGAUCUACUGAGACAAAAUGCUACAAGAUUCUUGUUGGAAGACCUGUACAGAAAUCCAGGGCCCCUUCAGUUUGAUGGUCCUGGUGCUGAUGCUAAGGCUGUAAGCCUGUGUUGCGAAGACCAGGAUUACAUGGGAAGGAUCAAGGAGCUUCAGGAAUAUAUUGACAAGGUACGGACCAUUGUGAAACCAGGGUGUUCUCAGGAGGUUCUGAAAGCUGCAUUGAGCGUAAUGGCUUCAGUGACACAGGUUCUUUCUUCUAUGUCUUCAUCAUCCGGUGUGCAGACAUUCUUUUAAGACACUACAAGUUAGUUGUCGCUCUUGAACUCUCAGACGCUGAUAUCCAUGGUGUUGAAGUCCAAAACCUGUCAUCACUUGGUAUCGUUUUUCUUAAUAUAAAUCUUGAGUUACAGUGGUUGAACCUUGGUAAUAAUAAACUACUAUUUUUUCU